AUGGGUGCCCAACCUUCAAAACCAGCCGAAACUAAAGUAUACGUUCCGGAAACGCCGGUUAAUUUCGAAAGCAAAUUGAUCGCUCAGAUCGAUAAUUCAACUGAAUCGGACUUCAUUAGGUCUCAAAAGGCAGAAAGAUACUUACAGGAAAAGGUCUCUGCGAAAUUGUCUGAUUUGGAAUCGGAGGCCUUAAAAGAAUUCGAAACAAAAUUGCAGUCUUCUAUCCUGCCCGAUGAUUCCAAGUCCGCAGGUGAUGCACUUUCCACAAAGCUAGUAAAUGAAAAGGUAGACCAAUUGAAGGUCCGUUUGUCGAAAUUACAAGAGGCUCAUAAGGCCAAAUCUACAGAUAAAGUUACUGCUACGAAGAAGACUUUAACGGAAUGUCUAUUGAAGAACAAAGAAAAACCGUUGAACUGUUAUGAUGAAGUGGAUCAGUUCAAGAAGGCUGUUUUAGAAAUCUAA